GCCACGCUGGAGAGGGAGCGGUUACGGGCACACGCGCAGCUCGUGAACGUGCACAGGUAUAUUGCUGCUGUUAUCAGUGUUCAGGUGAACGUAAAAAAUCACGGCGAAGUAAAGCAUUUAAAGGCGUAUUCACCGACAUGUCAGGCCGCUCUAGACCUGGCUAUUAUCGCCAGGAGGUGAAUAAAACCGUUUGGGAAGUGCCGGAGAGAUACAGAGAUCUGAAACAGGUGGGGACGGGGGCAUAUGGUACUGUAUGCUAUGCAUUUGACCGGAGGACGGCAGCAAAGGUGGCCAUCAAGAAGCUCCAUCGUCCAUUUCAGUCAGACCUGUUUGCCAAAAGAGCUUAUCGAGAACUCAGGCUGCUCAAACACAUGAAGCACGACAAUGUUAUUGGACUCCUGGAUGUGUUCACCGCUGACCUUUCUCUUGACAGAUUUCAUGACUUUUAUUUGGUCAUGCCCUUCAUGGCCACUGAUCUAGGAAAACUAAUGAAAAUGGAGAGGAUGACAGAGGACAGGGUUCAGUAUUUGGUCUAUCAGAUACUAAAAGGGCUCAAAUAUAUCCAUGCUGCUGGAAUCAUUCACAGGGAUCUUAAACCAGGCAACCUUGCGAUAAAUGAGGAAUGUGAGCUUAAGAUCCUGGAUUUCGGUCUAGCACGGCAAGCAGACACUGAGAUGACGGGCUAUGUGGUGACGCGCUGGUACAGAGCACCUGAAGUCAUUCUUAGCUGGAUGCAUUACACACAGACAGUGGACAUCUGGUCGGUCGGAUGCAUCAUGGCAGAGAUGCUGCUAGGAAAGCCACUGUUUAAAGGAAAUGACCACCUGGACCAGCUGAUGGAAAUCAUGAAGAUUACAGGCACCCCCACAAAAGAGUUCACUGCCAAAUUACAGUCUGAGGAUGCUAGACACUACAUUGCAAAGUUACCAAAACUAAGAAAGCGAGAUCUUCGGGCAAUGUUACCAGGUGUUAAUCCACAAGCAAUUCAAGUGUUAGACUCCAUGUUGCUUUUGGAUCCUGAGAGUAGAGUAACAGCAGCAGAAGGGUUGGCUCUUCCCUACUUCUCUGAAUUUCGUGAACCAGAGGAGGAGACCGAAGCACCACCGUAUGACCAUUCAUUGGAUGAGGCUGAUCAGUCGGUCGACCAAUGGAAACGACUUACCUUCACUGAAAUUUUGACCUUCAAACCACCACCAUCAGGGGCAGAAGCUAAAGAGACAUCUCUCUAAAUCUUCUUGCACUGUGCAGUCAGCUAAGCCUUACUUUUAUUUACCCGUGUAUGACUAAAAUAGUUUCCGUUGUAUUGUUUUGGGUUUCCCAAAGUGAACUUAUUAUGUGAUUUUUAGCAUUUCAGUUUGUUGUGUGGUAUGAAUUAUGCACCUGCACUCUCCUUCAAUUUGAGCAGUACAUUUUUUUUUAUUAAUCUUGGCAAAUAAGCAAUUGUAGUAGAUUUUCUUUUUAAUUCUGCCUGUGUAGGCAAAACAUGGGCCAAAUCAGGAUACAGUAUAAAAUAAGAGUAAUUGUCUGUCAAAACAGUAUGUAAACCUGACCACAGUCACAAAUGCAAAAUGAACUGUAUUUAUACAAAACAGAAUGUCAAUGUACAAUGAGCAUACUUUUUAACUGAUCACUUGAACAUUUUGUAUUUUUAUAAAUGGAAAAAGGCAAUAAAAAGACUAUUUUAAUCUUU